AUGCAGUCCGAUGACCUAUUCGCCCGCAGAUUUCGGCGCCAAAAUGUACGACCGCCUGGCGCGGCCGUCAACUUUGAUCCCAAACGGGAGGCGGGUGUGGUGGAGUGGCCGCCCAGGAGGGAGGCAGACGGGUCCGACGGAGAUAAUCUAACCCCGAGCCGGGCUGGGCUAACCCUGCGCGCGGUGGGGCGGGGCCACAUAAUGCAGCGGAGUAACAGCGAUGUGACUUUAGGAGACUUGGACUCUGGCGGCAAAGCCGGAGGGAAAGCGGCUCGGGCAGUUGGAGAGAAGAUGGGUGUCGGGGCUCAAAUGGACACUGGGGUUCUGCUACACAGGGAAUAUGGAAGUCUUUCUUCCCUGGAGAGACAAACACAAGUCCAGGAUCCAGGAAAUGCAAACCAGGGACCCCUCAGUCCAAAUGCCCUCCGGUUUAAGGACCCUUUCCUGCUUUUAGGACUCCAAGGCAACCCACCGGAACCCGACGGCUUCUUUCGAGGCCUGUCUUCCGCCACGGGGGAGUCCCCAAAACCUGCAAAGCCACCCAAGCCUGAAGGUCUUAGUAAGAAGUCCAAAACCGUGCCCCCUCCAAUCCCCCAGCCCGGUCCCUAUGAUAACAUCGGGGGUGGUGCUUGGGUGAGGAACUUUGCCCAUUAUGACGUUCAAAGCAUCCUUUUUGACCUCACAGAGGCAGCCACCAACAGAGACAGCAUUGGACGCAAAAAGAAUAUCACUUCAGGGGCUUCGGCCGCCUCGCAGAUGCGGCCCCUCACACAGGGAGCGCCUUCCUCACCUGCGCAAGGAGGCGGAGUUGGCAACGGGGGCGGCAUGGAUGACCCCGAGCAAUCGAUGCUGCUGGACGAAGGUGACGGCAACGACAACGAGCUCCUGCUUAGCUGCCCUCACUUCCGAAAUGAGACGGGCGGAGAAGAGCAGGUGGGCCUGGGUCGAUCUCAGGCUAGGAGGGGGCUGUGGCUCAGCCCGCGGACCCCCAAUGACGCAGCGUCUGUCCUGGAGGAACCCAGAGAAAGUCACAUCCAGCAGCAAGGCAAAAGCAACUACUUCAUCGAACAUGCCGAUCUGGGGGCGCAUUACUAUCGGAAAUAUUUCUACAUGAAAGAACAUCAGAAUUUCUUCGGCAUGGAUGAUCGCCUGGGCCCAGUGGCCAUCAGUUUCCGCAGAGAAGAGAAAGAAGGCACAAGUGGCGCUCAGUACAACUACAGAAUCAUCUUUCGCACCACGGAGAUGAAGACACUGCGUGGGUCCAUAUUGGAAGAGUCAGUUCCCUCCGCCGCCCGUCACACGACCCCUCGAGGUUUGUCUCCAAAGCGGCUGCUGGAGUUCAUCAUGCCUGAACUCAACCUGCACUGCCUCCGCUUGGCCUCAAACUCCCCCAAGGUCCGCGACACCUUGCUGAAGCUGGAUGAGCAGGGGCUUAAUUUCCAGAGAAAAGUCGGCGUCAUGUACUGCCGGGCAGGGCAGAGCUCCGAGGAGGACAUGUACAACAAUGAAAGCUCCGGUCCGGCGUUCGAGGAGUUUUUGGAUCUGCUCGGUGAUCGUGUGCGUCUGAAAGGCUGGGAAAAGUACCGAGCUCAGCUGGACAAUAAGACCGACUCAACAGGGACGCAUUCCCUCUACACGCGGUACCAGGACUAUGAGAUUAUGUUCCAUGUGUCUACCAUGUUGCCCUACACAGCCAACAACACUCAACAGUUGCUGAGGAAACGUCACAUCGGCAACGACAUUGUGACCAUUGUGUUCCAGGAGCCAGGCGCGUUGCCCUUCACGCCAAAGUCCAUCCGCUCCCACUUCCAACACGUCUUCAUUAUUGUUCAGGUUCAUGAGCCCUGCACAGAAAACACCUAUUACAGAGUGGCUGUGACACGCUCUAAAGACAUGCCAUUAUUCGGUCCGCUCUUCCCCAAGGGCGCUCUCUUCCCUCGGUCGCCGGCCUUCAGAGACUUCCUCCUGGCCAAGGCAGUUAACGCAGAGAAUGCCGCAGAAAAGUCAGAGAAGUUCCGCUCCAUGGCUACACGCACGCGACAAGAAUACCUCAAGGACUUGGCUGAAAACUACGUGACUACGACGCCCAUCGACUCGUCCACCAAGUUUCCGCUGCUCUCCCUAGGAGGCAAGCGCAAAGACAAGCUGAAGGGCGCCAAGGGGGCAGAGCUGCACAGCGCCGGAGCGCUAGUUUGGGCCGUGAUGGUCGACGGCGGGGAGGAAGGCGAGGCGGCGGAGCACAAGUUGCCCUGUCUGCUGGGCAUUUCUGCCGAGUCGGUGGUGCUCAUCGAGAGGUACACGCGCAGGGUGGUUUUUAACUGCUCCUGCAGGGACGUCAUCGGAUGGAAGGCGGUGGCCGAAACCAAAGAGGGAGGGCCCUGCUUGGACAUCUUCUAUGAGCGUGGGGAGUCGGUGUCCAUUAGCGUAACUGAGAACCAGGCUGAGGAUUUAAGAGAGGUGGUGCAGAGGCUGGAGUUGGUAACCCGAGGGUGCGAGGCUUUGGAGGUCACCCCGUUACGUGACGGCGUAGGCCAACCUGGCUUUCUGAUGAACGAAGAGGGCUUUGUGACGGAGCUUCAGCGGUUUUGCUAUGCCGAGAGCGGCGGACUGCAGUUGUGGGCUCGCGUGGUGCGCUUGUGCGGCCACUCCCUGGUCCACCUCGGAACGGAAGAGAGGACUAGACUGCUUCGCACCGCGCACAAGAUCCACAUUACCGUCAUCCCGCCAGAUGAAAACGGGAAACCGCGAAGGAGCUUCUCGGAGCUGUACCAGAAAGCCAUCAAGGAUGCAGAGUGUAAGCCUGGCGAGGACCAGUCGGGUGAGGCCUGGGUUCUCGAUGAACGGGAGGAAGGUGAAGACGAGCGGGACAAGCAGCUUAAGGGGGAUAGUAUCACCGAGGCAGAUGCAGCGGAAGUCCAAGUGGAAAGUGAUGGGGCAUCAGAGCCUCAAGGAAAGAGUGAGAAGGAUGACGGCGAGUCGCUCCUGGCGCCGCCAAGCCUACCUUUGUUACGAGCCACUUCCCUGCAAGACCAACCUUCCAAUCAGGACCAGGAGAGUUCGCAGCUCACACGCAGUUUCUCUUUAGAGAGGCAUUCAUCCUACAGCGAUACCUCUGAGGGACACAUUUACGACAACGUGUCCUUGAAAGAGGACCGCCACAUCUAUGAGAAUGUUGGCGAACUGAGAGAUGCCACGCCUGAUCUGAUCCUGGCAGUCAAGCCCAAAUUUGCCCUGGACGAUGAACAGUUCAUUGCUGAUUUUGGUGAGGACAAAGCUUCGGCUAGCGAAUCGCCUCUCUCCUCUUCGAGGUUGUCUUGCGUUGACCGAGCGGAGAGGAACUCACGAGCCUUAAGUCUACACAACUCCAUUACCAAGAUUCUCUCAGAGACGACAGAUUCCACCGAAGAAGAGUGGCAGUCCAUCGCUGACCUGGCCACAGCCUGCCGCAGCAUCUUGGAGGCUCUGUCACGCGAGGAUCGCAAAGCUGGCGACCAAUCAGGGGCUGAUCACAUGGAUGGAAAGCUGAAUACAAAAGAGAGUGACUCUCCAGGCCACCUGGAGGAGAAGGUGUCACAGUUGGAGGCCAUGCUGAAGAAACUGCAGGAUGACCUGCAAAAGGAGAAGGAGGACAAGGCGGUGCUGCAGGCCGAGGUUCAGAGCCUGCGGCAGAACAACCAACGGCUGCAGGAAGAGUCACAGAGCACGGUGGCACGCCUCAUCAAAGUCACCGAGCUCCUGUGCAACGUCAACAAGCCCUGUUAG